UGUGCGAUGUGAGACGGGUUUAGUUGUGUGUUCACAUCCGGAUCGAGAGCAAGUUCGCCUGUACGAAGUUAAUUUGCCAAGAAGCCACGAGGUCGCGUUUUGACCGCUGUUAAGUCCGAGUUUUAAAAAUUUUCGGUGGUGAAUUUUUCCGCCAGGAUUUUCGUGCUAAAAAAACCGAGCUUUUAAUUUUUGCAAAUUGCAACCCAAAACACUUUUCGUCCAUCGCAGCAGUUUUCUCUGCCCAUGAUCGCUUGACGUGACAAGGGGAAUUGUGCAGUGGACAAGAUUAUCAGUGCUGGUGCUUUAGUUAUAUAUAUAUAUUUAUAUAUAUACAUAUAUAUUCUUUACGGCUUUGGAAAAAUUGCCUCUGUGUUGCGUCUUGUGGGAAAAUUCCUCAAGGAAAAAGUGAACGAGUGAAAGAGACAAGAUCGGGCUUUUUCUUCCUUCCCUCCUUCUCAGCGUUCUUCUGCCCCGAACAAUUUACUUUUACUUAAUGGUAGAAAAAUUUUCCUGAUGUCUUACAUUUGUGUACUCUCUGGCGAAUCUUCAUUCGUGAAUGUUGGCGAUAUUUAUUUAAGAAAAAGAAGCUGAGAAAAAAUGUGCCUUUAGCACAUCACACAUACACUUCUCCCGCGUUCUUUGCUAAAAUAUUCUUGAACUAGAGACAAACCCAGUUUCAUGUAAAUAAUUAAGGGUAUAUAAAAACUAUUACAAUAGUGCGUAGAAAUUGAUGUGGCGUUAGUUGAAACAGUUGACAGUGCUCACAAACGCAAACGGCUUGUCAUAAAAACGAAGGUGUGAUUUUUGUUGUGUUGCUGCUUCAAAAAAAAGAAGAAAAGCCCAGAGAAUUCUGACGAGCAAGAAAUAAAAUAAUUUAAGUGGUCCACAAGUAGAUUCUGUUGGCGAAGUUUGUGCGAUAAGACAAGAAACUGAGAUUAGUGAGAGAGAUUAAUCCAGUUGAUUUACGACAGAUAAAUUUUGCUAGAAGAGUUUUGUGCGAGAAAUUGUCAGUGAUUGCGUUUUGCUGUGUAGACCAGACAUAUUAGUGCAAAAAUGGAUUCUUUUGGAUCUAUUUGGCCAUCGCCACCGCGAGGCCUCGAUGGUGUAUCCAACGAUGGAUUGCCAAUGGAGACCCUCACUGAGCUCCAGGAUGGUAACUUUGAGCCACAGACCAGGGCCAGGUCCAAUACUUGGCCACUGCCACGACCUGACAACAUUGUCGAGCCCAGCGAUGACACCGAGAGUAAUAAGUGCAGCAAUCAACAAUUAUCUGGAGCAGCUGGCCAACAAAUCACAUCCCCGAAUGUGGCAUCGUCCAAAAAGAAUUCUUCACGGAGAAAUGCUUGGGGGAACCUAUCAUACGCCGAUUUAAUUACUCAGGCCAUAAGUUCGGCGUCUGACAAUCGUCUUACAUUGAGCCAAAUAUAUGAGUGGAUGGUGCAAAAUGUUCCAUACUUUAAGGACAAGGGCGAUUCCAACAGCAGUGCUGGAUGGAAGAAUUCAAUUCGGCACAACUUGUCACUCCACAAUCGAUUUAUGCGUGUCCAGAACGAAGGCACCGGUAAAUCAUCGUGGUGGAUGCUGAAUCCGGACGCAAAACCGGGGAAGUCGGUGCGACGACGAGCCGCCUCCAUGGAGACAUCCAAGUUCGAAAAGCGACGAGGUCGAGCAAAGAAGAGGGUGGAAGCUUUAAGGAAUGCACAAGCUCUAGGGGUUGCGGCUGUACUCAAUGAUGCCACCCCGUCGCCAAGUAGUAGUGUCAGUGAGGGUUUGGAUCUCUUUCCCGAUAGUCCUCUGCAUAGUGGAGGUUUUCAAUUGUCUCCUGAUUUCCGGCAACGUGCCUCAUCAAAUGCAAGCUCAUGCGGCCGCUUAAGUCCAAUCCCGGCUGUCCUGGGCAUUGAACCUGACUGGGGCUAUCCGCAGGAUGAUUUUGCCCCGACCACAACGACCAGUACAACUGCUGCCACAACUACGGCCCAGCAGCAGGGCUCAGCUCAGCUGGAUCAAUUGGCUGGCUCCCUGGCCGAUGAUCUCACGUUACAAUCUGAAUUUAUGCAAGGGUUCAAUACAGCAACCACGCAGCUUCACAAUCAACCACCGCCGCCCUAUCAGGCAACCCAGUCAUAUGCCCUGCAUGCAACAGUCGCCCAAACCUACGGAAUGCACCAGAAUCAGUGUCCAAUUCACAGGAUGCAGCCAUGUUCGUGUAUGCAUCACAACAACACGAGGGAGAGCAUGUCACCGGCUUCAGGAACGGGUAUGUCACCUUCCUAUCCGCACAGUGAACCCUCGCCAGACCCAAUGGGAAGCUACAAUUCAGUGAUCAUAGGUUCAAGAGUAGCGCAAAGGCCAUCAUCGAGUAGUCCACCGCUUACACCUCAGACAAUUCCCAUCAACAAUGGUGACGCUCCAUCGACGCUUAUGGGCCAAUUUAUGGAGGCGCUCAACAAUCAGGCCAUCAUCGAUGAUUUAGGACUAAAUAUAGAUAGCUUUCAUGGAGGUCUGCCAAAUGUCGACGAAGUUAUCAAGCAUGAAUUAAGCAUGGAUGGCUCACUGGACUUCAACUUCCCAAUUUCUCACCACAAUAUGACCACCUCACACUCAUCCAGCGUCUCGACGGUGACCGACAGUAGCAUCGUCAAUACGCUAUCUGCACCACCACCGCAGACGGCAUCAGCACAUGCUCCUGUCCAAUAUUCCACGAGGACGAGUGUGACUCCACCGUCAUGGGUGCACUAGAUGAACCAAGUCCAUGGAAAUCCUGACGUGCAAUCCUCAAAACGUUGAAGAGGGGACACAAAGAAAAUUCACAAAUUGAUCUUGAAGAAGGUGUUUCAGCUUGUGAGAUGGAGAGAAAUUCUUGUACAAUUUAGUGAAUAUUAAGUUGUGUUACACAUUUUCAUUUCUCUCUUACACCCCCUCUUACACAAAAAUGAAACAAUCAAUCAACCAAUCAGUCAAUCAACCACGCAAUCAGACGGAAAUGAGAGGAGCUCAAAUUACGGACGAACACUGUACCAAUAAACUCAAUUUGUACUUGGCUCUGGGUCGGCUUAAGAUGCUGUAAAUGGUAGCUGUGAAGCCCUAUAUAGUGCGUAAAAUAUACAGAUCUCAGGAGAACUUAUGCUAGCACUUGGAACAAAAUAUGCACAAAAGAAUUUUCCUUUAAUGCAAUUUUGGAAACUCUUAAGAUUCUUUCUUGAAAAGGGAGAUUCCGGGGCGAUAUUUUUUGUUCUUGUACAUUUUUCAGUUUUCAGAGCAUAGGAUUUGUUACUGAAUUUAGGGUUUCUUUUAGUGUCUCGUUUAUUUUUUUUUGUUCUUACAACUAUACUAACUUCAUUAUGUGCCAUUUGAUAGAUUCUCAGAGCAGCUUUUGUGGGUGAAAAUGUGUGAAUAGGAGUCACGGUAAAAAAAAAGUGAACGAAGAGAAUGAGGAACUCAUGUGAAAGACCAAGAAUACAAAAUAUUAGUGCCAUUUUUGCAAUAAUAGCAAUGAGGAUUCAAUCCCAUGAACACUCAAAUAAACUUCUAUGUCGCCUGUUUAAUUGUAUAAAUUAUUGAGGAAAAAAAAUUAAAAGUAUCUUCUCUAAAUGUUAAAGAAGAGCAGGAAAAACUUUCAAAAAAAUAAAAAAAAAUUAAAGAAAAUUUCUGCAAAUAAUAAAUGCUAUUAAUUUUCUGUCUUAGAUGCGAGAGAGUUGGGUCAAAUUUGAAAUAAGAUGACGGAAAAAAAGAAUAAGAUGAGAUGCUUAAAUUUCAAAGAGAAAGAAAAAAAAUUAAUUGCAUUGCAUUAGAAAUUAUAAUCAAUGUCGGCUUUAAAACAUAUUGCAAAUUGAAUUUCCGAUUUUAUCUCCCUUCAUCGUAAAUGGAAAAAAAGAAAAAAAAACAUAAUUAUAAUUGUUAAGGUGCGUAUCAAGUACAAUUAGUCAAAUAUUAAUUAUUUUCUAUCUGUAAGAAAUUGUAUAGUUAAUGGUUGGAGGGUCUUUACAAUUUUUCAUGUCUUUUAUUCUUGUUUCAUUUCUUUUUAAUCUGUUCUUUUUACUUUGUCUUAAUGUCCGCCAAUUAGAAUUUAUUCCUUCACUGGUGAGACAAUUUUGAAGAAUCUCUGAAUUUCUGUAGUUUUUCUUUUUUGUUUUUGUUUUUUUUUUUUUUAAUAAAUCAAAUUAAACUGAUCUUUCUUUUUAGAAACGGAAAAAAACAAUCCCAUACUAAAUGAAAAUUUUAUCAAUUACAAAGGCCAAUUAAUAAAUGUAAUACUAUAGAGUAAUAAUGUAGGUUUAUAAAUUAUAAGGAAGAUGAUGGUGAACUCUAAAAGCUUUGUACAUAUUAAGGGUAGUUUACAGUACUGUAUUAUUUUGUAUCGGAAAAAAUUAAGAGAGACAGCAAACUGUAAUAAAGAAAAUUUAUUAGAUUUCUUUUGAAGAAAAAAAGAUUAGAAGAAUGUACUCAAAGUAGAUUUUCUUAAGAAGAACUAAAAUAAUUAAAUCUGGUCUCUUUUGUAAAUAUUUUUUGACUAAUAUUUCUUAUUUUUUUCUUCUUCAAAUUCACCCAGCAAAAUUCUAAAUUUUAUUCUAAAUUUAUAUUUUAUCCAAAUAAUUUCGUUUUAUUAUUAAAUAUUUGGCUUAGGAUGUGUUUUACGUUUUUGGCAAAAUUAACCACAUAGAAGACAGUAAUAAUGGUGUUUAAAGAAAAAAAAGAAAAGUAGGAUAGAGGGCGAAGGGAGAAGAAAAAAAAGAAAAAAAAACCGUUGAAAAACGACAAAGAAAAAUCAUAGUUUGUAGAAAAGUAACAAGUAAUAAAUGUAUGUUCAAUAUUAAGUGUGAUAAUAUGCACCAAUAGGGUUUAUCAUAGGCCUAAAUAAAGUGAAAAUACUAAUUGAAGAGAAAAACAAAAUUGCUAUAGUUUCUGAAUGUAAAAUAAUUGAGGUAAAACUGUUCAUAUUAGGAUUCUUUUUUAUUUAGUUUGUAUUCUUUUUAAGAAAAAUCUUCAAAAAAAAAACUUGUUUUUGGUAUAGUAAAUUUCCUGGAAUAUUUAAAAUCUCUUGGGAAUUUUAUUUUGAAAAAAAAAAACAAGCACAAAGAAAUCAUUUGUGAUUUCUUAAUAAGCUUAUUUUAGUGCGUUUGCGGGGAAAGAAUAUUUUUUUAGAGACAGAACAAAAAAGAGAAAAAAAGUAUAUUUAUUGAAAAAAAAAUGCUGUCUUGAGUGAUGGAGUUGAUAAAACAACCUAUAGGUUACAAUUUAUGUUUCAACAAUUGCGAUAUGAAAUACGAGCAAAGUUAUGAAUAUUUCAUAACAUUUUUCUCGUUCUAAUUUUUCUAAUUUUAUUUUGAGUGCUAAAUGAGAGAAGAUUUAUUUAAUAUAUUCGUAACUAUUGAAUCACCUAUUGAAGAUAUGCAACUUAUGUAACGGAUGUUAGAUAAAAUAAUAUGUAUAAAAUAUAUUAGUGAAAAGUUUAAUGAA